AUGAGUCGUGCAACAAGCAAAGAAGACGUUGUUCGCGGGGAAGCAGUCAAAGAGCAAGUUACCUCCAACUCCGAGUACCCUUCCCAACGAAAUGUCAUUAUGGUAAUGGCUUGCGUCUUCAUGGCCGCCUUCCUCGUGGCCCUCGACAGACUCAUCAUCGCUACCGCUAUUCCGGCCAUAACAGAUCGUUUCAACUCCCUCGACGACAUCGGCUGGUAUGUUUCCGGAUACCUUCUGCCUAUGGCUGGCUUCCAGCUCCUCGUUGGCCGCAUCUAUACCUUUUACAACCCGAAAUGGGUCUAUUUGACCUGCAUCUCCAUCUUCGAACUCGGUAGCCUCAUCUGUGGCGUCGCACCCAAUUCGACGACCCUCAUCGUUGGAAGAGCUGUGGCCGGUCUGGGCAGCUGUGGAGUUACUUCGGGCGCAAUCAUUCUUGUUGUGCACACGGUACCCCUCCACAAGCGCCCGAUGUAUACAGGCUUUAUGGGAAUGGUUUUCGGCAUCGCUUCCGUUGUCGGUCCCUUGCUGGGUGGUGUUUUCACCGACAAGCUUUCCUGGCGAUGGUGCUUCUACAUCAACCUUCCGAUCGGAGGCUUUGUCAUGGUCAUCAUCUUUAUCUUCCUCAAGGUCGACUUUGAGGCUCCAAAGAAGCUGUCCUUGACUGACAAGCUCCUCCGCCUUGACCCCCUGGGCACCUUGUUCAUCGUCUCAUCGAUGGUCUGCCUGCUUCUAGCCCUUCAAAGUGGCGGCACGCAAUGGUCGUGGUCGUCGUGGAGAAUCAUUCUCCUUCUCAGUCUUUUCGCUGUUGUCUUUGUUGCGUUUGUCGCUGUUCAACUGUGGCGCAAAGAGAAGGCCACCGUUCCUCCUCGCUUCUUCACUUAUCGAUCGAUCGUCUUUGGUUUUUGGUGGGCCUUUUGUAACGGCGCAUCCACACAGACGAUGGCAUAUUAUGUUCCAAUCUGGUUUCAAGCGAUCAAAGGAGUCUCCGCCGUCAAGUCAGGCAUCAUGUUCAUUCCCAUGGUUCUGGGACUCGUCGUUUCUUCCAUAAUGGCAGGCAUUCUCACCCGCAAGAUUGGGUACUACACUCAAUGGAUGUAUAUCAGUGCAGUCAUGACGCCCAUCGGAGCUGGUUUGAUCAGUACCUUCAACACAUCGACCGGCCACUCUGAGUGGAUCGGCUAUCAGGUUCUGUAUGGCCUCGGACUUGGCCUAGGCAUGCAGCAGGCGACCGUUGCGGCGCAGACAGUUCUGCCAAAGCAGGAUGUGCCCACCGGUGCGUCCUUGAUGUUUCUCGGGCAGACUCUUGGCGGCAGCGUCUUCGCCAGUGUGGCAAACAACAUCAUGCUCAACCAGCUGGCGAGUGGUUUGAUGAGCGCGCAAAUCCCGGGAGUUGACCCCGGCGUGGUUACAUCCGUUGGCGCCACGGAUUUACGCAGGUAUGUCUCGGAGGACGCGCUGCAGCAAGUCCUGAUGAUCUAUAAUGUGGCGCUGCGGCAUGCAUUCUACGUUGGUACAGCAGUAAGUGCUGCACUGAUUAUUGGAGCCUUGGGUAUGGAAUGGAAGAGUGUCAAGCAGCAAAAGGUGCAACCACCGAAGCAGGGAGAAGAGAAAGAUGCGCAGGUGGUCGAGCGAAAGGCUGUGGAUGUGGAGCGGCAGUAG